AUGCUGAACUUGCCCGUGGAAACAAGCGUCAAAUACAUUCACAAGGCCUUUGGUCUCUUUGGCUGGUUCGCCAUCCUUGUUGCCACCACGUACUUCUACGUUAAAAAUGGAUGUCCUCAUACGGAAACAGUUUAUUCCUCCUCGUGCUCUCCAUACACGUACUCAGCUGGAUUGGUCCCUGGCACCUCAAUUCCACCAAUCUAUCUCUAUAAACCUAUCACUCUUUCCGGCAACACUGUUGCCUGCUUCAUGGACCGAUACAUCUACACAUUCCAAAAUUACCGUGGCCCUGGCUAUUCUCAAACCUUUCGCUCCGAACUGUAUUGCAAUCAAGCCUAUACCGGAAACGCCAGCUUGGUCCCUAGCAGCUCCUAUGAACCUGUGUUUAACCGCACCAACUAUGCCAAAUUCGCAUAUGUCAAUAGUCCCAAGGCCGUUGCCCACGUCAUGAUGGCUGUGAUUAGAGAGCCCAACCAAACAAACACUGCUUCCACUUCUGACAUCAGUCAAGCAGGCUGUCACUAUAUUCAAGGCGAUCAUGAUUACGACUCAUGCGGACUCGACUACUCCAACAAAACGGAAACUACCGUCAACAUCACGCUGAUAAUGAAGGAGUACUUUGACGGUUCAAAAGCGCUGAUGACCGUUCUCAACACAGAGACCCUGUUCGCAUGUGAGAGAUGUCGUGUCCAAGAUAUUACCUUCCGUAAUUUUACUGCCUACCUUGCUGGAUUGUCGACCUACAUUGGUGGAUUUACCACCAUGUUCUUGAUCUUGAUCGGCCCGUGUUACGUGACCGGUAUAAUCCAGCUGUUGAAGAGAGGGAGAGAGGAGGAGGGUGGUGAAGAAUUGUCUAGAUUGAUGUAG